AUGUCGUCCAUCUACCAAUUCAGUUGCCAGCUGCCAGCUGCCAACUUCCGCAAACGAAGCUCCGCCUGCCAACUGCCUGCCAACAACACCAAAAUUCUCCUCCCCUCCUUCAUCACCACCACCACCACCACCAUCGCCAACAUCCUCGCGACCCGGCUCUCCCACCGCAACGCUACUCAACUCCUCACAAAUUCAGCUACUCGACGCCACCCCAGUGCAGCUUACACUUCGACGCUAACAAGAAUGACUCUCCACUGCGCUAGCUCUCAAGCCCACACCCCCUCAGGCACGACCCAGCUUGUCUCCAUCGAGUCCACAUCUGGUCCGUCUUAUUGCUGCGCUGCUCGGCUCCUUGGUCUGGUCCAUGCCUUGGCCAACGGCCUAUCACAGAGUCAAAAUAUCACCAAGAGUUCUCGGCUUCUUCCUGGCCCUGGCCUGCCUUCUGCCUGUUCUGCCCAUCUCCCCGUCGCUCGCCAUUGUCAACUGCAUAGCCAUGGCGCUCCAGGUCCGAGGCUCUGUCUGGUCUUCUCCGCUCCUUUCAACUACCACGCCGUCCCACACCACAUCGCGGCAUCGUCCACCCCCCUCCCGGUCAACACACAGACGCACGCCUACCUUGCCUUCUGGGAAGCCAACACACCAGUCCAGCAAGACUGCUUCCUUUCUGCCAUUGUCGCUGCUGGCCCUCGCACCCAGUCUCCCCCCGAGACUACAAUUGAGGAGAUCCUUCAAUCCAACAACCUCGACGAGAUUCUCGCCAAGCACAACCUAGCUCUUGUCCCCCGUAGUCAGCUCACCGACACACUGACAGAGUUGACUGCUCUGCUCAAGAGACAGGAACACCACGACCGCGUUGACCCCAGAAUUUCCACUUUGUUCCGUCGACAAAAUGCCACCAACGCACAAUCAGGAACCUCAACCUCAAGUGCAAGCGCCCCUCUUGGUAACCAAAAUGGUCUCCUCGACGGUCUCCUCGACCCUGCCGCCGGUCUUGCCAGCAUCUUCGAUCCCAUCCUGAAGCCCUUGACCGACUUGGUCAAGACCCUGCAAGCCGUUACCACUCUUCUCACUCCCGAGUUCAUCUCAGGCGUCCACGACGGUCUGAUUGGUCUCGGAAAGACUCUCGCUGAUCCCAUUCCCGAAAAGAUUCGCAACAUCGUCACCGCCGGUGAGCCCAUCAUCAAUGAGCUCGGCAAACUCGACUUGGCCAGUCUCAUUUCGCAGCUCGAGCCCCUGCUCAAGGAGCUUGGUGGUAUUGACCUCGCUGGCCUCUUCGAGGCUCUCAAGCCUCUGCUCGCGGGCUCCGAAAUCACCAAGAUCAUUAGCAUCAUCGACGGAGCUGAGCCACUUAUUGCCGGGCUCGGCAAGCUUGAUUUGGCUAGUCUCAUUACGCAGCUCGAGCCCAUCCUCAAGGAGAUCGGCGGCCUUGACCUCGCUGGCCUCUUCGAGGCUCUCAAGCCUCUGCUCUCUGGCUCCGAAAUCACCAAAAUCAUCAGCAUCAUCGACGGAGCUGAGCCGCUCAUUGCUGGCCUCGGCAAGCUUGAUUUGGCCUCGCUCAUUGAUCAGCUUGAGCCCCUUCUCAAGCAACUCUCUGGCAUCGACCUCGCCGGACUGCUCGAAGCUGUCAAGCCCCUACUCACUGCCGAUGAGAUCAAGAAGAUCCAGUCCAUCAUUGACGGCGCUGAGCCGCUUAUUGCUAGCCUCGGUAAGCUUGAUUUGGCCUCUCUUAUUGAUCAGCUUGAGCCUCUUCUCAAGCAGCUCUCUGGUCUCGACCUGGCUGGCCUCCUCGAGGCCGUCAAGCCUCUCCUGGCGCCUGAUGAGAUCAAGAAGAUCAUUUCUAUUGUUGACGGCGCCGAGCCUCUCAUUGCCUCUCUCGGCCAGCUCGACCUACAAGAUCUCAUCAAGCAGCUCGAGCCUCUUAUCAAGCAGCUCUCUGGCCUCGACCUUGCCGGCCUCCUCGAGGCCGUUAAGCCUCUUCUGGCGCCCGAGGAGAUCACAAAAAUCAUCUCCAUCAUUGAUGGUGCUGCGCCUCUCCUCGCCAGCCUCGGCAAAGUCGACCUGACCAAGUUGUUUGACCAGCUUGGUCCCGUCCUCGAGGCUAUUGGCCAGAUUGAUCUCAAGGGUCUCGUCGACACUGUCGCCCCUCUUCUUACGCCUGAGACCAUUCAAGGACUGGUUCUUCUGCUGUUCAACGUCGAGCAACUCAUCACGUCUGAUUUCGUGGAACAAACUCAGUCUCUGAUUUCUGGCGCCGCGCCUCUUGUCGCCUCGCUUGGCAAGCUCGACCUCCAGAACCUUCUCACGCAGUUGCAGCCAAUUAUUCAGGAGCUUGGCCAGCUUGACUUGAAGGGUCUGUUUGAUGCCCUGAAGCCUCUUCUGACCGCCGACACUAUCGGAAAGCUUGUUGAUAUCGUCAAUGGUGCUGCACCACUUAUCGCAACCCUUGCUUGGCUCGAUUGA